ACUUAGUCUCAGUUUCAGUGCCAUCGGCAUGGUUUGUCUGGCAACAUGUUGUCGUGUAGUGUCGCGUGAAAGACGUUGCCCUUGAAUUUUUAGAAUACAUGUUUUUAAAAUACUUGCUAAAAUGUUCAAUCAAGAGAUUGAAUACAGUGAGAGCGAUGGCUUUAUUAGAAAUAAAAUGUUGUUCUACAAAUCGACAGAUCGGCCAGUUGUAACUAAUUUUAAACCAGUGAGAGGAACCAAAUUUGCAGAAUCUGUGACUUACUCGUUUUUUAAAGAAGUUUUUUUACCUCAAGGUUUUCCUGACUCUGUCCACAAAGACUAUGUGCCAUAUCAGAUUUGGGAUACAUUGCAGGCAUUCGCUAGUACUAUUAAUGGUACCUUGACCACACAUUCGAUAAUGAGAGGUGUUGGAGUUGGAGAAUCAACAGCAACACCUUUAGCAGCUGCAAUAACAUGGAUUUUAAAAGAUGGGACAGGAAUGAUUGGCCGGAUUAUAUUUGCUUGGUGGCAAGGUAACAACUUAGAUAGUCAGUGUAAAAAAUGGAGACUCUUUGCAGAUAUUCUUAAUGAUGCUGCAAUGGCCUUAGAAGUAACAGUGCCAUACAUAUCUACUUUUUCUUCCUAUACAUUAUGUCUUACAACAGGAAUGAAAGCCAUUGUAGGAAUUGCUGGUGGAGCAACAAGAACUGCCAUAAUGCAACAUCAUGUUUGUAUUUCUAUAAUUAUUUGAUGUAUUGUAUUCUUAUUUUUUUUAAAUCCAUGUAAUUUUCAGGCUAUUAAAGAUAACAUGGCUGAUGUAUCCGCAAAAGAACAUAGCCAAGGGACACUUGUAAAUUUGGCAGGAUCUAUCGUUGGGAUUUUGAUACUUUUAUUGAUUAAUGAAAAGUAAACUCUCAUUUGGCUAUAUUACUUAAACAACUAUAAUAUAAUAUAAUAAUAAAUUGCAAUAUUUAUAUCUUUAUUUUAGGUUUUUUAUAUACGUGUGUCUUUUACUAGUCAUAGUCCACAUUGUUUCUAAUUACUUUGCGGUGACAUCACUAGAGUUAAAUACUCUUAAUGAAGAUCGUUUAUGCUUGAUAAUUGAAGAUUAUAUACUUAAUCAUACCAUGUCGAAUGUAGAAGACAUAAACAGUCGUGAAUCUGUGAUUAUCCUUUUAGAAAAGCCAG